AUGAAGGCGGGUCCGAGCGGCAAAUUCCAUACCCAUAAAGUGAGACUCUGGACGAAACACAGGCACAAGCACGAGGAUGGAGGUGAAGAACACCAUCAUCACCGUCAUACGAAAUUUAUGGACAAGAGUCUUUCUCUUUCUGUCAUACGACUGCUCCUCCGUCACCGUACCCUAUCCCUCAGUAGUUUCUUUCCCACUUUCAUAACCUUAACCUGCUACGAACGUUGGACACAGCGUUUGAUUUUUCAACCACUCUCGGAUUUAGGCGAAUUUAUCCUGGGCGCUGCGACUUGGGUCGGCUCUUUCACAGCU